GCUCAGCAUCUCUGGGAAUGACCUUAAGGACUGUAGCUGCUUGAUGUGAAAUCCAGGAUUUCCUACAUUUUAGUGUAUAGGUGCUGAAGUACGUUAGCUAUUUUAAGGGUUAAAAUUGUAGUCAUUGAUGCGUAUAUAUUAGGCUGUAUUCAGGCGUGUUGCCUGACUCAACCUCUUACAGUCUAACAACAGUGGCCAAUAGAAAGAACAGAAGAGAAUCCAAGAAAGAUGAGGCAAACUAUGAAUGUAAAACUCUGUUCCUGCAUUUUGGUAGUCCUCCUGGCCAAUAUUGUGUGGACUCGAAAUAUCAGACCAAUAUAUGAUCAAACCUCCUCAUAUGAUUGGUCAUUCUACAGCUUUGAGUGUCCACAACAAUGUUUCUGUCCACCUGGCUUCCCAAGUGCGUUAUACUGUGAUAGUAGGGAACUUAAAGAAAUACCCAUCAUCCCAGCAAGAAUUUGGUAUCUUUAUCUCCAAAACAACCUAAUCGAAACAAUUAGAGGGGAAUCCUUUGCAAAUGCCACUCAACUAAAAUGGAUAAAUUUGAGCAACAACAAGCUGACUAGCAAUGGAAUUGAAAAGGGUGUAUUUGCCAGGUUGAAGAAUCUCCUUUACUUGUUUCUUGAAGAUAAUGAGUUAGAAGAGGUGCCUGCUCCCCUGCCAGCAAGUUUGGAGCAGCUACGUUUGGCACGGAACAAAAUCACCACAAUCCCAGGAGAAGUCUUCAGCAAUCUGGAAAACCUCACUAUGCUAGAUCUGCAUCACAACAAACUUUUGGACAGUACUCUUUCAGAUGCCACCUUUCAAGGAUUAAGCAACCUCAUCCAACUCAACAUUGCUCAAAACUCACUCACUAGAAUGCCACCAAUCGUACCACCCAAUGUAAUGCAGCUGUUUUUGGAUAAUAACUCUAUUGAAGCAAUACCGGAGAACUACUUUAAUGCAAUGCUCAAACUGCUUUUCCUUCGCCUGAAUAACAAUAAAUUAACUGAUGAAGGUCUACCAGCUAAAGUCUUUAAUAUUUCAUCUCUUCUUGACCUACAGCUAUCUAACAAUGAACUCACUAAGGUUCCAGCUAUUGGUAUUCACCUUGAGCAUCUUCAUCUUGAUAACAACAGAAUCAACAGUAUUAAUGGUACUCAAAUCUGCCCGAUUCCUGUUCCUGGAGAUCAUGUCUAUGAUAUGGAUCUGCCACGCCUCCGCUAUCUCCGCUUGGAUGGCAAUGAAAUUAAACCUCCAAUUCCAUUUGACCUCAUGCUAUGCUUCCGCCUCCUUCAGGCCAUUGUUAUUUAAAGAUAGUGGUGUCACAGUUAUUUUGUCACAAAUUUAAAGAACAAGUUUUGCUGGCAUGAAACUUGUUACACCUUCCCUAUGUUGUUUGGGAUUUUCAUCUGAUACUCAUUUCCACAUUAUUAUUUCCUUGAAAAUCUCCUCCCUAGGGUUGCCAGAUCUUACCAGUCUUCCAGCGGGGGGCUCCUGUGUCCAUAGCCAUAGUGUUUUGGCCAAAAUGUUAGAGUGUAGACGCACACCAUGCCUGGUGUGAUGAUGUCACUUCCAGAUGACAUCAUUACACUGAUGACACCAUCAGGGGUGGGGCCAGUGGUGGAUUGCAGCUCCUGAAAUCAGGGGAAACCCCGCCCCGACCAGAAGUCUGGCAACCCUACUCCCCCCUUUAUAGUUGUACCACUUCCUGUUCAUUUUCAAAAAGGUUUACCAGUUGCAGCUGAUAUGCUCCAUUUUAUUGUCCUAUAAAUGUUAUUCUAUUAAAACAAUACUUUUGCCAGACAAAUGUAUUUUCUGAU